AUGUUUGCCCCAGCCAGCUGGCAAACCUUCCUCGACCACAGCCUCGCGACGCGCCUUGACCCCGAGACCUUCGAAUGCUACGUUCAAAUCCUCUCAUCAAAGCAACCUCUUCCCCCAUCCCCAAUCAGCGACAUCUUCCUUCGUCCCACCGAAACCAACACCUCCAGCCUCGAUCCCCGCAUCCCCCGCUAUGUGCAGAUCCUUCUCUCGCUGGAGCUGGUCACUGUGCCGAGUCUAUUAAGAGCACUAUUGAGAUAUUCGAGCAGUAAGAUCGUACAAGAGCAGGACAAUGAAUCACAAGAGGGGGAGAAAAAGAAGGUGCAGAGAUGGAGCAAUUCUACAGCAUCGGAAGAAACGCUUUUCUACCGUCUCGCGAGAACCAUAUCCUCAGCAGCAGCACCGCGCACGAUGCAAGAAGCCGUUGAGCUUAUUCGCGUCUGCAUACAAUGGAUGGAAACAGAGUUGGCAGCUAGUAAUGUCGCCCAAGGCAUGCUAGAGCCUGGCAGAACUGAGGAGAUGAAUGCUCAUACCAUGGCGCUUGGAACACUGGUUGUUGCGGCUGUGGAAAAUGCGCAAGUCAUCAAUGUACUAGGCAAAGCGAGCGCGCCGAAAGGCAUGGGAAAGGAGCUUUCAAAGACACUGGGAGUCUUUGUCCCGCUGUUGCUCCAUAUGAGUCCGCAGAGUGCGGCAAGGCUGGAACUGUUUAGGACGCAGACGCUGGUAGCUGUGGAACCGGUGGAUAAGAAGGAUGCAGAGGCCAAUAAAGAAAUUGACGAGCUGCUGGACGAGGGCAUGGGGAUUGAUAGUAUGGUAGUGGUAGAGUUGCCGAGUAUGAAUUCGAGAGCCGGGCUCUAUGUUUAUUUGAAUUCUUUGCUAGUCGCGCGACCUUUAAUAGAUGAUACUGCUAUAUUUCAAUAUCUACAUAACAGAUAUCAGGGCGAUAUUCAGCAAACAAUAAUUGACCUCAUACUUGCUUCUUUCGACCUUUUAGCAAAUGCUACUUUCCGAAAUGAACGAGUUCAAGCUACUACAAUACUUCGCUCAUUUCUUAUCAACAAGAUCCCAUUACUACUCACUUCACUUUCUUCGUCCCUUUUUCCACCUCUGACCUCAGAAUACUGUAUCACGGAGGCCCUGAGCCAUGUGGAUACGAAUGCGUUUCCCACGCUUUCAAAUAUGUUCGAUGAGUCGAGUACGAAUAACAUGUUCUCAGACUCGGUGCGGCAAGACUUUUGCUUUUCUUGCUGCUUACAUGGCUUGAUAGCGGAAUCGAGUAUUGAAACUCUGCUUGGUGAUAUUCCGAUGCAGAGUUUGCCGGCUGGUGGACGGUAUGUGAAAGAGGAUUUGGUUCAGCAAUGUCUGUCAGAUCCGGAGCGUGCUGAAGGGCUGAUUGAUGAGCUGGAACAUAUGGAUGGGAAUGUUGGUGCUGUUAGCCAGGCGAUCACAGAGGUAAUUGGGAGAUUAUGCACGAAUAAGGAGACCAUGUCCUUGAAGGGUCUUUGCAGCCAGCUGGCCCGGAAACCUUCGUCCCUAGAUGUUAUGCUUCUCUUCGACAAGGCAACUACUAUUCUGCAACCGAUAUGCGAUCUACUUGAUAAUUGGCGGUACGAUGACGAUCAAGGGGAAUACCAACCCGUCUAUGAAGAAUUCGGGUCCAUCCUUCUCCUAGUGCUGUCAUUUACACAUCGCUAUAAUCUAUCGACAGUCGAUCUAGGUAUUAGGGCUACAGACUCGUUUGUUGCGAAGCUUCUCAACCAAGGCCAUCUUAGCCGCGCCAUGGAUGACUUGACCGAGCAAGAACAGAACAUUCUGGAUGGAUGGAUUAAAGGACUUUUCGAUAAUGAAAGCGGUGGUCUUGGAGAUGAACUAAUGUCUUCCUGUCCACCUCAAGACUUCUACCUCCACGUCCCCACCCUCUUCCACCACAUCGUCCUGGCCUGCUCAACCAAAAACCUCUCCGAUGAAGGCCUUAAAGGCGGCCUCGAAUAUCUUGUCGACACCUUCCUUCUCCCCUCCCUCAUCCCCGGCAUAACGUGGCUCUCCACCCAUCUCUGGGAAUCCCGCGGCGACGCCAACGCCGUUCUUCAAAUCCUCUCCGCACUCAUAACAAACCCUGCCUCUAUUUCAAACAACACCGAAGCUUCGCAAAUGCUGAACAGCAUCCUCAACAUUAUCGCCAAGAACCUCGAGCACAGCCUUCGUUGGUUCCAACGCGCCGAGCCUUCUCGUCAAGACGUCGAGCCCCUUUCGCGAGCCCUGCGCGGGAAUCUAGGCUGGGAACGCAGAGGCGCGUCUGAACACACGGAAUUAGAAAUAUGGACGAGCACUCAAGGCGGUGGCCUCUCAAUGGCCAUAAAACAAACCAUUCAAAGCCUCGUGCAAUGGGGCUUAAAUCCAGGCAUAAACAUCAACCCAGCAAACUACACACACCGCCUUAUCCUCGUCUCUCUCAAAAUCCUAGGCGCCAAACGUCUCCUAAGCACCAUCAUCGGUGAAGUAAAAUCGCAAACCGAGACCGGCAACGGAAGCGUGGUUAUCGACGUCGCGGCAGCGCUAAUCUGCGCUCCUGAGGCUGGGAGUUGGGAUAAUGCGGGCCUGGAUGGGAUGGGCCAACCGCUGCAACGGCGCUUGAAUUUGAGGGAGGCGCUGAAGAAUGAGGCAGAGAAUGCUCCGAGGGUUAGCAAGACUGAUGCGGUGCACGCGGAGAAUGUGGUUAGGUUGUAUAGGAAAGUGGAAGCGCAGCUCGUGAUGCCAAUGCGGCAGCAGACGCUCAUGCCGCACGAUGCGCUUGGGGAUCUGGACCAGGCGCUUGAUUCGGGGGCCCUUGAUGUCGAUGGGGCCAUGGCGAAUGUUGGGCUAGGUGGAGAUGGGUUAGGGAACGGAUUGGGUGAUGGCUUGGGAGGCGAAAAUGAUCUGAUGAGUGGGCUUAUGGGUGAUGGACAUAGUGGGGGUCUUUUGGAUAGUUUUGGGACAGGCGGGGAUAUGGGCGAUGGAAUGGGCUUUUGA